CUGGCCGCCAGUCAGUCCCGCUCCAGGCUUCUUCGCGGCAAUAUUGGUCCGCUCGGACGCAUUCUCGAUCGUGUUCAAAUAUUAAAUGCCGUUCCAUUAAUUGUCAAUUUUUGUUUAAUACACACAGAUCUAAAUACACGAGUGUCAAAAUUCUUUUUUGCAAAUAUCGUGAUACUUCUCAUCUCUCCUUUCAUCAUCAUAUCUAGCUAUAAAGUGAUUACUUCUCAAAAAAAAAAAAAAAAAACCAACAGCAGUGUUAAUUAUUAAUAAUUUAACUUUGUUUAAUCGAUAAGUUAGAUUUGAACAUUUUAGUUUUUUUUUCUUUCAAGUUUAAUCGUUCGUGCACUGAAUACUGAUGCACCAUUUCGUUCCCAGUGCGGUUCAGCCGAUUGAUCGGUUGGUCCAGAAAUCGACGAAAACAAAUUUCUCGUGACUGGUGUACCGUGCGUGUUAAAACGGUGCCCCUUCAUCCGCGAGUGAAGGUACUCCGGGUUUACGACUACAGCUGCCACUCGUCGAAGUUAAAGGCACGGAAACACGCGAGUUGAUCUGAAAAUAUACAUCGUGGAUAGUGGAUCAAGAAGAAGGAGUGGCAUUUUCGUGCACGAUGCAAGAGAGCUGAUGCCAAAGCGAAGAAAUCGCUGGAUAUCACCGGGAGGAUCCAGACAUCUGUCUGGAGCACGCGCAUUUUGCAGGCUCAUCCUAGCGAUGCGACAUUCCACGCUGGUUCCGCGUAAUCAUUGACAAUUGGCAAGAUGCGAAGCGAGGUGGGCGAAUGGCUGGCUACGUGCGUAGGCUCGCCAAUAUGCAUCCUGCUGCUGUCAUGGUCCCUAUUGAUCUACCAGAAUCAAUCCUCAUCCACGAAAAGAAAAAUCGACGUGCUGACAGUCGCGAUUCUUUCUCAAAGUCUCACACAUCAAUUAGGGUUACUGCUGUACGCGAUUCUCACGUUGAUCCGUCCAGCGAAUCAUUUUGGAGAGUUAUGCUCAACAUUGGUAUGGGUCCUGAACUCGUCGAGUAUUCUCCAGGAACUGACCUUGACGUCGAUCGCAGUGUUCGCGGCGAUCAGCAGUCGCGAUGAUGUUAUCAAUCUCACGAAGAAUCAUCUCAAAUACCAUUUGGUGAGCCUGAGCGUCAUCAGCGCCUGCAUUGGUGUCACCGGCGUCCUCAACUUCGAGCCGGAGGUCUGCGUCUUCCUGGCCCACGAGAUCUCCCAUAAAUAUGGAGUCUUCGUCAACUCCCUCAGGGGUCUUUUGGCCCUUACGUCUUUUUUCGGCGUGUUGGUUGCGAUCUUUAAAAAUCUUUGUCGUCCACCGACUUCUGAACUGCUCAAGUCGGUUUCCGAUCUGUCCGAGGCGAGCUCGAAGAACUCUUCAGGAGCAUUCGAGUGUCACCCACAGCAUUGGGAUCCCUCAAGCGGAUCGUGCACCAGUGGUUCGACGAACAGCAGGGCGUGUUUAAGAAAGAAGAAAGUACAGGUGGACGAGACCAGCGGCAGAUCUACCGUUUACAGCAUACUCUUUGUCUGCUACGUCUUUGAACAUUUACCCAUCCUGAUUAUCUCGAUUAGGCCGAGCCUUCUAAAGAAUUUCUGCACACCGCAAAAUCUGGCAACGUGGUUGCCACUGGUGAAGGAUACUCUGCUUCCGGUUUUUCUGGCUCUCUUCGAUAAGAUGUUUUGCCGAUACGUGGCCAAGGUGUACACAAAGCAGGAUCAUGCAAGGAGACUGUCGCACGGCGGUAUAGAUGGUAAAUUUCGACACUUCGAACAAGAUACCGAGUACAAGCUGCAGUUGAACCUCAAUCACGGAUUAAAGUUCCCUCUGACUAACGGAAGCCUCUACGGACGGUUGCACAGCCAUCAGAACAGAGCAAAAACUGGCACGAUUACUAUGGGAAUUCAGCAACAUUAUCCUAAAACGCAACCUAUGAAUGAAGACGGCAGCUAUGCAUCUCUGCCAGCAGAACUAUCGUCCUUCACGAGUUCGACCUUCGAACCGCGUCAGGAUAAAAUUUCCGAAUCGCCGAAGAAGAAUCCAGUGGAGCAAUUAUCGUCGGGAUACAGCAGACGACCGAGACCAAACGAGAAAUUGCACGAGCUGGCUGGUAAUCGUAGGAAGAUCGGCAGCACUGAUGUCUUCGGGCAGAACAUGGAGAACCUAGUACAAUUGGAGGAUUCUGCGAAUAAUCGAAAAAUCAAGAAUCUGGACGAGAUUCGCGAAGAACCAUCCAGGCGACACGCUCGGAGCGUCCUCGGUCUGGAGAAGCUAAUUCUCGGGCUGGAAAACAACCUUCAAGAGCAGCAUUAUUCUAGAAACAUUCUACGCAGGAAUCAAAGCUUCGACCAUGCCAGAUAUCAUCGACCUGUGAUCAACUCGAGAACUUAUAAUUUAAAGAAAGACGAUCUCUUGAGAGAGAAUCUUCAUUUAAAUCUCCAUAGACAAGAUAGUCAUUGCGAAGGAUAUGAUAGCUCCGAUGAUGAGAGCUGCGAUCUGGAGAAUGGCGACUUCGACACAAUGAGCUCUUGCAGGAGCAGGAGCAGAAGCUGUUGUUCCGUUACCACGGUCGCCAAUGAUGAUUUUGAAUAUUUUCAGCGUAAGGGAACCAAGGUGGAGUUGCUGCCCUCGAAGCGAACCGGCGAGGUAAAGGUCAGCAUGCGAUCUUUCACGCCGCGUAUCAUAGAGAACGGUACGGAGGAUCGGGAGGACAAGAAGUGCGGUAGCAAUACGAAGCUGUCCGACACGAAGCCUAGCAUACAGUCCUAUCAUCUAAAAACUAAAAGGAUCGCGCCCGGUUAUUCGAUGAACGACCUAGAUAAACUGACUGCUAAUAAAAUGAUGCCGAAUCUCUCGAUGGAGAAUCUGAAGACCAUCCUAAAGAACUCCGACGUGAGUUACCUCGAUAAUGGCGACAUAUGCAAACACGAUAUUGGCGGCUCGGUACCGGACUUCAAAAAGAUUUUCGUCACCGAGUUUAUAUGAAAUUGCCACAACAAUUACAUAAAGACUGCAUCGUUUGUCCUUGUGAUGUUAGCAGCGGCAUGUCAACAGAUGUAAAUGAUUUACUUUGUGAGAUCUAUAGUCUAUAAAUACCUCUAUACUAACUAAACUGUAGAAAACCGCAACGAAUAGAGAAAAAGAAGGCAUACAAAUACCUUGUCCUUCUUGUGCACUGAAAACAAAUUGCUCGUUUGACUGCAUUAAUUUAAUCCGUCUUUAUUUCUUUCAUUAUUCAGAAAAUAUAUAUAUUUAAGUAAAAUCUAAUAUGUUUGACUUAAAUACGUACAUUCUUCUUUGAAAGGAAUAAAAAUGAACUAAAUUAAUUUAGUCAAGUAAAUUUUUUUAAUGUGGUUUUACCACACUAAAAAAUUAAUCGGCAAAUUCCUGACAAAGAAAACUGUACAAUCUUUGGCUCAGAGUGUCAUUGUUUAAGAAUUGAAACACUCUUCGAUAGCUCAUUCCAGUAUACUAUUAGGCUCACUGACUUUGUACAGCCGAGAAAUAUUAUUCUUCUUAGCAUAAAUGUAUGUAUAAAAAAUAUUAUUGGAAAUUCUUUCAUUUUUUGAAAGAUUGUAUUGAUAAUGGAAUUGAGAAAAAGUACGUAAAUUAGAGCAUUAAGGUGAUAACAAUCUUAACAGGGAAAGUGAUUGAUAAAUCCCUCCAUCAAUCAAGUUGGACUUUGAAGGCACAGUCGAAUUUUUGAAUUUUGUGAAUUUUGGUAAAUUCUGUAA